AUGUCCGCCGAAGAGAUGCACAGCGUGUACGACACGAUCCUCAUCCUUGACUUUGGAUCUCAGUACUCGCACUUGAUCACCCGGAGAUGUCGCGAGAUCAAUGUCUAUUGUGAGAUGCUGCCCUGCACCCAGAAGCUCAAGGACCUGAAAUGGAAGCCUAAGGGGAUCAUCCUCUCUGGCUCGCCCUACUCCGUAUACGACCCCGAAUCGCCUCAUGUCGACCCCGAUGUGUUCACUGCCGGUGUGCCCGUUCUCGGUAUCUGCUACGGCCUCCAGGAGAUUGCCCUGUCUCACGGAGGAAAAGUCGAAGCGCAUUCUCAGCGGGAAUACGGAUAUGCCAAGAUCAAGGUGGAGAAGACAGGCAUCGCGCACGCGGACAGGCUAUACGACGGCAUUGAGAUGGAGGAGGAUGGAGGUCUCCAGGUCUGGAUGUCCCAUGGCGACCAGCUCACCUCAUUACCACCCAACUUCAUGACUAUCGCCUCUACUCCUACAUCACCGUUCACUUCCAUCGCCCACAAGUCGCAAGAUAUCUUUGGUGUGCAGUUCCACCCCGAAGUCUCGCACUCGCCCAAGGGGAAGGAGGUGAUUGCUGCGUUCGUCAAGAACGUGUGUGGUAUCCAGGGCGGUUGGAGCAUGGACUCUUUCAUCCCCAAGGAGAUUGCCCGGAUCAGGGAGAUCUGCGGAGAGAAGGGACAGGUCAUCGGUGCUGUGUCUGGAGGAGUAGACUCCACUGUGGCUGCGAAGCUCAUGCAUGAAGCUAUUGGUGACCGGUUCCACGCGAUCAUGGUCGACAACGGUGUUCUCCGGAAAGACGAAGGCGCCAAAGUCCACGAAAUGCUCACCAAGAACCUCGGCGUCAACCUUACGGUCAUCGACGCAUCGGAGCUCUUCCUUGGCCGUCUCAAGGGCGUCGAGGACCCAGAAAAGAAGCGCAAGAUCAUCGGCAACACCUUUAUUGAGGUGUUUGAGGCGGAAGCAGCCAAGCUGGAAGCGGCGGCCGAGAAGGAGUUGGAGGAGAAGGGCGGAGAGGCCAAGGGGAAGAUUGAGUGGUUGCUCCAGGGUACCCUCUACCCCGACGUCAUCGAGUCGAUCAGCUUCAAGGGGCCGAGCGCGACUAUCAAGACGCACCACAACGUCGGCGGUCUUCUGGAGAACAUGAAGUUGAAGUUGAUUGAGCCUUUGCGAGAGCUGUUCAAGGACGAGGUCCGCGCUCUCGGCCGUCUGCUUGACAUCCCCGCUCAUCUCGUCGGCCGUCACCCCUUCCCCGGACCGGGUCUCGCCAUCCGGAUUCUCGGCGAGGUCACCAAAGACCAGAUCAAGAUCCUCCAACAAGCGGAUGACAUCUACAUUGAUGAGAUCCGCGCUGCUGGUCUGUACGACCAGAUCUCCCAGGCUUUCGUCGCGCUCUUGCCGGUCAAGGCCGUCGGUGUCGCCGGGGACAUGAGGACGUACGACCAGGUCGUAGCGCUGCGGGCAGUGUCGACCGAGGACUUUAUGACUGCGGACUGGUUCGUAUUCCCGCCCCAGGUAUUAAAGAAGAUCUCGUCUAGGAUUACCAACGAGGUCAAGGGGGUAAACCGGGUUGUGUACGACGUGACGUCGAAACCGCCGGGAACUGUUGAAUGGCUAUAA